AUGUCGGAUUCUGAAAAAGAGCUUGAGAAACGUGUUCUGGAAGCUGGGGAAAAUCUUCUUGACAAACCACCACCUUCUUCAAUUCGUAGGCUUCUUGAUCUCGAUGAAGUUUUCUGCUGCUUGUCAGAGGUGGAACAGAAUCCUCCCAGCUCAAUGAAGAAUGCACUCUCUCCGUCCAUCAAAGCAUUAGCUGCUGCAGAACUCUUCAAGCAUUCGGAUGUCGAUGUGAAAGUUUCUGUCGCAGCUUGCAUCAAAUUAUGA